CCACUACAAUCCCAAAGUCUAGUCCAGUUAUGUCGAAUGGCAGAUUAUUCGGCAGCAGAUCGCAUAUUAGUGCAGCCUAUAAAACAGUCAACAUUUGCAUAUUUUCAAGAGCAAGUAUGGAACAACUUUGCUUCACAUGGAACUGAUCCAAAACAUUCAAUCAUAUCCAACCCUCAGUUGCAAGAAGAGGCUGCUGCUAACCCAUCACGGACAGGAUACGACAAUCCUCAUAAAUUUACCACUCCAGACGUUGGAGUUUCACCAUCUUCAAGGCGCAAUCUCAAGAUUAAAGAUCAUGCAGCCUCCCCUACAUAUCCUCGAAUUCGCCAGAUUUGACAUACGACACUAGUCGAAGUCAACAGUUGCGUGCAUCUGAAAAUAUGGCAGCAAAUGGACAUCCUUAUGUCAAUCAAACUGGUUUUGAGCACAAGGGCGUACAAUUGUCAGAUCCACCUACUCCUCAGUUUUACGUAGAUCCUCUGGAGGACAACCAUCAUGACCCCAUAUCUGGUUAUUUUCACGAUGGAGGUGAUGACAGAUUUGACCAUCAUUUCGAUAACAGCCAUAGUAUCCCUACUGGUAUUUACCAAAGUGAUGACAAUGGUGGAUUUUCAGGGGGUGAAAAUGAUCCAACAUCCCCCGUAGCAACAACCACUGCACAACGGCCUGCACCGUGUUCCGUCAGCUUCUGGGCUGUCCAGCCACCGUCCAUGAAACAUAGCACUUCAGAUUCCGGCGUUAAAGCUUCUUUUGACCAUCUUUCUUUUAGUGAACAGUCGCAAACACCUCCCAUACCGAAAAUCAUCACUCAAGAUCUAUCCGAUUCACAAAAUACAGAUUCGGCUGGAGGAACACCCCCUCAAACACCUACCGCUGACACUGGCUUCUUACGACCAGCCAGCCAACCCUCUGCUGACAAGUUCUGGGGUGAAAGACCACCGGUAGAGCUGAUGCAAAAGUAUUUGGAUAGAUACUUUUCGGGCCAUGAUUUGGACAAGGAGAUCAUUGUCGAGACUCCACCUGUCGUUGAACCACCAGGUCAACCUAACGUGGUUCCUAAUAUGAACCGACAGCCUCUUCGACAUAAGAAGUCCAUUCGUGUGGUUGCCAAAGAAGCAAGUCGGCGAUGGAGUAAUAACAACAACGCGCCUGUUGGUCCCAUGCUGCGAAGAAAAAGCACCAAGAUGUGGGGACAAAGAGUUGUUGAAGUGAAGCCUGGACAGAAUGCUUCUGAAACACCUACUGUAGACAGAGCCAUGGGAUACUUUGCAAAAUCGGAGGCACCAGUUUGUACCAAAAUUCAAUGGAUCAGGGGUGCAUUAAUUGGCAAAGGAUCGUUUGGCCGAGUGUAUCACGCCUUUAACGUUGCCGCCGGCGACUUCAUUGCCGUCAAACAAGUGGAAAUCCCACAUACCAGCGGCGAUCGUCUCAACCAACAGCAACAAGAUGCUGUCGAUUCACUGUAUCAGGAAAUCACGUUGCUCAAGGAUCUCGACCACGACCAUAUUGUUGAAUAUCUCGGCUAUGAUAAAGACGACUCAGAAGGUGUCAUUAACAUCUUUUUGGAGUAUGUCUCUGGUGGUAGUAUAUCAAGUCGACUGGCACGGCAUGGUGCCAUUGAAGAGCCAGUAGUCAGACAUUUUACCAGACAAAUUUUACUUGGCCUUGAAUAUCUUCAUGAUAGAAGUAUUUUACAUAGGGAUAUCAAAGGUGCCAACAUCCUUGUGGAAGAAAACGGUAUUUGUAAAAUAUCGGAUUUUGGUUUAUCGAAGAAGAAUGAUUAUGAAGAUCCCUAUGAUCAGAACUCACACAUGUCGCUACGAGGGUCAAUAUACUGGAUGGCGCCUGAAAUGGUCAAGAGCGAGAAGUACAGCGCAAAAGUGGACAUUUGGAGUACUGGUUGUACCGUCAUUGAAAUGUUCACUGGCCAACGACCCUGGCUGGAGCUUAAUCAGUUGGCGGCUCUCUAUAACUUAGGUCAUUACAAGACGCCGCCUCUUCCUGAAAACAUAUCCGACGUUGCUCGGAACUUCUUGGAACUAUGCUUUACCAUCGAUCCAGAAAAACGACCCACUGCAUCGGAAUUGUUGUCCCAUCCCUUCUGUAAAUCAGACGUUAACUUUGAAUUCACGGACUACGUCUCGUCUGGCAAGAUUUAAUAUCAAUUGCAGUGGUCCCGUUUCUUAACUCAUACGUAAUUCUAACCAUUAACUUAAACCCCCCGUCUUUGUCUUGUUACAUAUACAUCUCCUUUACCUCCAUUGCGCUACUGGGGAGCGCUUAGUACAUAGAAAUCACUUGUAAUUAAACAUUUCCCUUAA